UUUCAAUUUCAAAGCGUCGUUUUGUUAGAAAAAUGAUGCCCUCCGAGUCCGUGAUCCUCCGAUCCACCUCUUUCUGUCUUGCUUCCUCUUAUUAAAAGCGAAGCGUCCGGAUCACAAAGCCCCGUUUUCAGAAGCCUUUGCCAUAAGCACGGAGCCCUGCUACAUCAAGAAUAUACCCCAUUCCCUGCCUCCCUAAUUAAGGACGAUCUGUCUGACGUAGAGCCAUCAUACCAGAAUCAACACGGACUUUACAUAUAUACCAUGGAACGGGAUUUGGUUAUAGACAGUACAACAUCGGAGAAGUAUAUGCGAAUAGCAUCUAUCUCCAUAGCAUUUUACGAUUAUAUCCUCACACUCCCUGCAGAAUGGCGCCUUUACCAAAGCCAAUCGUCUAUUUUUCAUAUGAGUCUAUCCUGCGUCUUAUUCAUUCUCAUACGCUAUGUCAGUGUCGUGGCCGUAGUAGUCAGCAAUUACGGAUACUUCUCCACCAACUUUACCCAACAAGCGUGUCAACAAUAUCAUCUUGUUCCGCCUAUUUUCAAAGUCAUACAAAUGAUGAUAUCACAGGUCAUCCUAGGUGUCAGGACAUUCAAUGUUUCAAGGAGAGAUAGGGGUAUUGGAAUUUCGCUAUUGCUGAUAUACUUCUUGAUAGUUGUGGUCGAGUGGUUCACCGAUAUCUUUGGACGGGCCCCUGUGGUUAUUAAUGGAAACUGCACCUCAGCAGAUGCUGCCAAAACAUUGUCAACUUGGUUCUUCUACCUCGCCGCUAUGUUGUAUGACAUUGUGGUAGUGACUAUUUCUACCAAGAGCCUUCUACGUUAUAAUCCAUUGAGCAGCAGAGUAGAACGACUGAUACGGGUCCUGAUAUAUGACGGCAUUGGAUAUUUCGUCAUGUUAACUGCGUCGAACGUACUGAACCUCAUCCUUUAUCAUAAGACCGAUGUCUCGAUUCAGUCGGCAGGGGCAUCGAUGGGCUAUGCUGUGACGUGGAUCAUGAGCCAACGUAUCCUCAUCCAUGUACAAGAAAUGACAGAGUCAGACCCCCAACAUUCGGAAAGAGUGAUCAUCGCGCGUCCCACGCUCAGUGCACGGAAAAAAGUGUUGUCUGGUCUCCGCUCCCAGUUCGAAUCUAAGAGCCAGUCGAAAAAAACCUCCAAAGAUGCAGAGUUCGCGCCCACAUCGCCUCGCAAUGGGAAUACCAAUGACAUGGAGCUCGAUAUACGUGUACGCGUCGAGCGCUCGAUGGUCGUAGACCAUGCGCCUGCGGACGAAUCUGAUCAAUGGAGUUUGUGGGAGACGCCGGAGGGGAAAUGAUUCCAAGGCAUUGGUCAAUGGUGUGGAACAAGAAUUACGAUGAAGGAAUACCCGUCUACUACGUGAAGCUACCAAAGCUCAUGGACAAGAUUUGCUACUAUAGAAAUGUUGGUACUUUUUAAUCACAAGAGCCUCAUCGGGGCCGCCUCGCGCC